AUGGGGACUAUCAAAGACAAAUUCGAUGAGGGUUCAAAAUCGUCGUCAACAUACACCAAGCCAUAUACUCUAAGAAUAGACGACUUGAAGAUGCCAAUUGGUUACCAACCCCCGAAAUUUCAGCAAUUUGAUGGCAAGGGCAACUCAAAACAGCAUGUGGCACAUUUAGUUGAAACUUGUAACAAUGCCGGGACUUUCGAAGACUAUCUCGUUAAACAAUUUGUCCGAUCAUUGAAGGGGAAUGCUUUCGAUUGGUAUACGAACCUAGAACCAAACUCAAUUGACAGUUGGAGUCAGAUGGAACAAGAUAUUUUGAAUCGCUUCUAUAGCACCCGAAGAACAGUGAGCAUGAUUGAGCUCACGAAUUCUCGCCAGUGGAAAGAAGAGGCUGUCAUUGACUACAUUAACCGUUGGAGGAAUUUCAGCCUGAAUUGCAAGGAUCGAUUGUCAGAGGCUUCAGCCAUCAAGAUGUGUAUUCAAGGAAUGCAAUGGGGACUCCGAUAUAUCCUGCAAGGGAUUCAACCUAAAACUUUCGAAGAGUUGGCCACUAGAGCGCACGGCAUAGAGUUGAGCAUUAUGGAUGGUGGAGUUGAGGGACCACCAGUUCAAGAGCCUCGACAGUCGAAAGAAAAAUAA